GGACGCCCCGGUCGGCCUUGCCGAAAUAGGCGCUAUCUGGCUUGCUUGUUUUGCGGGGAGCAGCGAGCGGUUGGGCGUGUGUGUUUAUGCUCGGCGCUGGGAAGGCGCUAUUAUUUUGGCGCUAGACGAGUGAAGGAUUUUUAGAAGACCGCUUUCUUCCAACGCUCGUUCGACGUCCGCCUCGCGUCGUCGACUGAGAGAUAACCCGACACACCUUGACGACGGGAGUCCGGUGAGCGCGCAGCGCCGGUAAUCGCAGCCGAACAUGCCGGUGUUUCACACCAAGACCAUCGAGAGCAUCCUCGAGCCCGUCGCGCAGCAGGUGUCCCGUCUGGUGAUCCUCCAUGAAGAAGCCGAAGAUGGCAACGCCAUGCCCGAUCUCGAGCGCCCCGUCAAGGCUGUCAGCAUGGCCGUCUCCAACCUCAUCAAGGUUGGGCGUGAGACGAUCAACAGCAGCGACGACCAGAUCCUGCGACAGGACAUGCCUGCUGCCCUGCAGCGGGUUGAGCAGUCUUCCAAGCUUCUCGAGGAGGCCUCAGCCAUGCUCAAGGCCGACCCCUACUCGCAGCCCGCCCGCAAGAAGCUGAUUGAGGGUGCUCGGGGCAUCCUGCAAGGAACAUCUGCCCUUCUGCUCUGCUUCGAUGAGUCCGAGGUGCGCAAGAUCAUCCGCGAGUGCAAGAAAGUGUUGGACUACCUGGCAGUGUCCGAGGUGAUUGAGUCCAUGGAAGACCUCGUUCAGUUCGUCAAGGACAUGAGCCCGUGCCUGACGAAAGUGUCGCGUGACGUGGAUGCCCGGGAGAAGGAACUGACCCACCAGGUGCACCGGGAGAUCUUGAUUCGCUGCCUCGACUCGGUCAAGGUCCUGGCGCCCAUCCUCAUCUGCAGCAUGAAGAUCUUCGUCCAGAUCCUGGCACAGUCGGGCAAGGGUGUCGAGGAGGCGGCAGAGAACCGCAACUACCUGGCGCUGCGCAUGACGGAGGAGAUCAACGAGAUCAUCCGUGUGCUCCAGCUCACCACCUACGACGAGGAGGAGUGGGACGCUGACAACCUCACCGUCAUGAAGAAGGCACAGAACGCAAUUGCGGGCAAGAUCCAGUCUGCGCAUGACUGGCUGGAGGACCCAAUGGCUGUCACCGGCGGAGUUGGUGAGAAGUCGCUGCGGCACAUCCUCGACUAUGCCAAGCGGGUUGCCGACCGGUCUUUGCCUGCCGAUGGUGAUGCCAUCCGCAAGCUCUGUGGUGACCUCGAGUCUAUGACUAACGCCCUGUGUGAACUGCGCCAGGAGGGCAAGGGUGCAUCGCCCCAGGCACAGUCGCUGGCUCGCGGUGUUGGUCUCAAGUUGCGCGAGUUGAACAACCUCAUUGGCCAGGCCAUCACCAAUGUGGAGCGUAGCGGCAUCCAGCAGCUGGCACACACCGUGGGUGGCCGCGUGGAACAGGCGCUUAAGUGGCUGGUCAACCCUGGUGUGUCCGACCGUGGCCUCGGCGAGCAUGCCAUCCAGCUGACGGUGGAGGAAGGCCGGCGGACCGCGGAGAGCUGCCCGAUGCCGCAGCGAGCCGAGAUCGUCCAGCUGUGCAACGAGAUUGACUCGCUCACACGCAAGCUCAAGGACCUGUGCAGGCGAGGCCAGGGCAACUCUCCCGAGGCGCUGCAGACUGCCCGACUCAUCUCGUCCAAGUUGCUCGAACUGAAGCACAAGAUUCAGAAGGCCCUCGUCAACAGGGUGGUCGAGGAUUUCAUCGACAUCACCACUCCGUUGAAACUGUUCACCGAGGCUGUGCAUGCUCCCGAGGGCACACCCAACAGAGAAGCGAACUUCCAGGACAAGGCUCGCAAUCUGACAGAGUUCUCGCAGAAGGCAGCUCGCACGGCACGAAACGUUGCUCUCGGCGGCGCGUCAAACAAGAAGCUUGCCGAGGCGCUCUUGUCCUCAGCAGCUCAGGUGGAGAGUUUGACUCCGCAGUUAGUGAAUGCUGGGCGUAUCCGCAUGACCUACCCAGACAACAAGGCUGCGGAUGAGCAUUUCGAAAAUCUCCACAAGCAGUACUCGGAGAGCAUGAUGCACAUGCGGAACCUGGCUGACGAGGCCACGGACACUGCGAACUUUGUCAAGGUCACAGAGGACAUGAUCCUGAAGCACACCGAGCUGUGCGAGGACGCCAUGGCCCGGCAGCUGCCGCAGCAGAUGGUGGACAACACGUCGAGCAUUGCCCGGCUGGCCAACCGUGUCCUCAUGGUGGCCAAGCAGGAGUCCGACAACUCCGAGGACCCCAUCUUCAUUGGCCGGGUCAAUCAGGCCGCCGACUGCCUCCAAGGCACUGUGACCCCCAUGAUCCAGAAUGCCAAGCAGGUCGCCACCCGUAUCUCGGACCCUGUGGCCCAGUCCCGCUGGAGGGAGACUAAUAAAGCGCUCAUCAAUGCGGUCGGACAGGUGCGGCAGGCUGUGACAGUGACGCCCGAGGAGGAGCUGCUCCCGCACCUCAUGGGACUGCAAGCGAACGAAGUGGUGGUGGAGCCGCCCAUUCAGAAGACAGCCAUUCCCAGGCAGUUGCAAGAACACAGCUACCCAGAGGAGGCCCCACCGAGACCCCCACUGCCAGGAUCUGGGGACAGGGCUCCUCCGAGGCCACCACCACCAUGUGAAACUGAUGAUGAGUUUGAAGAACGCUUCCCACCUCCUCAACCGAACCAGCCCAUCAUGGUGCGCCAUACACAGUGAUGCCAACUUAUAGUGUACUUUCCAAUGUGCCGAGAUUUG